CUUCCUGUUAAAAUAGACAUCAUCAAGCAUCCUAAGGAAGUGGAUGGUAAAAGUACAGCAGCACAUGCUGCUGUUUUGGCACCAAAAGAUGUGAAAAUAUAUACAUAUCCAGAUUUUCCAUUUUAUGAGAAUGAAAAGGUGUUGCUUAUUUUUCCGGGUAAAGCUGCUCUUCCCUUUCAUGAAUGGUGGAUUAAAAAUUUCAAAUCUAAUUCUCUAAGUGCCUUAAAUGAAAGUGAUAAAAAUGAAAAUGCUGGUGAUAAGCCUUCUUAUAAUCAGUGUUUGAAAUCAUCUCCUCCUGUUAGAUGUGGGGAUGAGGAACAAAGUAUUCUUCCCUUUUCGAGAGUUGUAUUUAUUGAUAGCACUUGGAGGCAGUCAAAAGCUUUGUACAGUGAUCCUAGAAUUAGGGCAUUACCUUGUGUGGUGCUGAAUUCCCACAAAUCUGUAUUCUGGCGAUACUAUCGAGGAAAACAUGAAACCCACUUGUCUACUGUCGAAGCAAUUUACUAUUUUCUGGUCGAGCUUCAUUGUCUAUCCUAUCCUGACCUACCUUAUUUGGGACAAUAUGACAACAUGCUGUUCUUCUUCAAAUUCAUGUAUUAUAAGAUACGUACACUGUAUGAUCCUUUGAAGUUGAAGGCAUAUCAGGAGUCUUCCUUGUGUUUUGCUGACAUCACACCAGUCUCUGUUUUGGCGCCCACAGAAAGGUUGUCCAGACACUCACCUGGCCACUGUUGAAGCCGUCUACUACUUUCUUGUUGAACUACACAAUCUCGUGUGGCCUAAUCAAGCAUACAGUGGGCAGUAUGACAACCUGCUCUUCUUCUUUAAGUUUAUGUAUUGUAAAUUAAGUUCUGUGUACAACAGACCUAUGGUGCUGACA